CCCCCGCCCUGUCACGCGGUCCCGUGCCGGCCGCGGGGCUCGGCGGAGGAAGAACAUAAGCCCGCGGCGGGGCCGCUUUCUUAUACGGCGAGCCGUCCUCCCUUGGCCCGGCAGGAUGCGGGGCCUGCUGCCUGCAGCCGUGCUGCUGUAUGGUGUCGUUGUUCCGGGCGCGUUCGCCGUCGGGAGAAGGAACGUGGACCCCGAGACGAACAUGAACAUCAGUCAGAUUAUCACGUUCAGGGGAUACCCCAGUGAGGAGUAUGAAGUGAUAACAGAAGAUGGGUACAUUCUUUCUGUUAACAGAAUUCCUUAUGGAAGAAAAGAUCUGGGACAGAGCAAAGGUCCAAGGCCAGCUGUGUUUUUGCAGCAUGGUUUGCUUGCUGAUGGCACCAACUGGAUCACAAACUUGGAUUACAACAGCCUUGGCUUUAUGCUGGCAGAUGCAGGCUAUGAUGUAUGGCUGGGAAACAGCAGAGGGAACACCUGGUCCAGGAAACAUAUACACUUCACAGUGAAGCAAGAAGAGUUCUGGAUUUUUAGCUUUGAUGAAAUGGCUAAAUAUGACAUUCCAGCUUCUGUGGACUUCAUUUUGAAGAAAACUGGCCAGGAACAACUAUUUUAUGUUGGCCAUUCACAGGGCACCACCAUGGCUUUCAUUGCUUUUUCAACUUUGCCAAAGCUGGCCAAAAAAAUAAAAAUGUACUUUGCCUUGGCACCAGUAGCUACAGUCAAGUUUGCCACUAGCCCUCUGACAAAGCUGGGAGCGUUUCCUGAUCUGCUUAUCAAGAACUUGUUUGGAAAGAAGCAAUUCCUUCCUCAGAAUUUUUGGCUGAAGUGGCUUGCUACCCAUGUUUGCACACACAGAAUACUUGAUGACCUUUGUGGCAAUGUAUUCUUUCUUCUGUGUGGCUUUAAUGAGAGAAACUUGAAUAUGAGCCGUGUGGACGUGUACUCAUCACAUUGCCCUGCAGGGACAUCUGUACAAAACAUGAUCCACUGGAGCCAGGCUGUGAAAUCUGGGGAACUCAAAGCUUAUGACUGGGGAAGCAAGGCUGCAAAUAUGGCUCACUACAACCAGUCUACUCCCCCUUUCUACAAAGUAAAAGAGAUGACUGUACCAACUGCUGUAUGGACUGGUGGACAGGAUUUGCUGGCAGACCCAAAGGAUGUUGCCAUGCUGCUCACUCAGAUCACAAACUUGGUUUACCACAAACACAUUCCAGAAUGGGAACACUUGGAUUUCAUCUGGGGCCUUGAUGCACCUCACCGCAUGUAUAAUGAAAUGAUUAACAUGAUGAGGAAGUAUUCGUAAACCAGUGUUGUAUUUCAGAGUAUUAGUUCACCAGAAAUCCACUUUUCUGGAGCAUUUGAUUUUCUGGCAAUAAUGCUACAUUGCUUAUUUAUGUUAUGUUUUUAAAAUGCCGGGAAUGACUACUGAAUAGGAUUCACAUUUGAUUUUUUUUUCUCAGUGUUAUUUUUCCCUCUUGCAAAAAUCCUCAUUCUAACCUGCUGAUUUUGCACACAGUGGCACAAGAUCAAAAAACAAGCAGUGUAACUUUGCACACAUAUCAUGUGUAUAGAUUUAGUUAUGUCUGAAAGACAAAAUAGUCCACUGAGCACCAGAGAACUUGAGAAUUUAGAAGUGUUUUGCUCUGUGUGAAAUGCUGCCAGUUCUUACUACAUUGCCACUUCUGAGUACCUGUCAGAAGUACUCCUUGUAUUGCAGUGACCCCAUUUGAUGCUGGUACUUCAAAAAGCACUUAGUGACUUCCUGUUGUGUUAUUUUAGCCAUUAUUCAGAAGCUAGCUACAUCAGGUGAUUUUCUUUUUCAAUAUUGCCAAGAAUUGUCUUGAAGUCAUAGAAGAUCACCACUGUCGAUUGGAAAUCAAGAAAAAUGCACUAAUCAAACAGCAUCACUGAAACUUUCCAUGUUCCACAUAAUAGCUAUGGAUAAGGAUUGUUACUUGCCCUUGCUAAAUCCUGGAACAGAAGAAGCAGUUAGAGGGAAUAAAAGAAAUACCACUUUUAUCUUUGUGAAUAGGUUGUGACUUACUCGGAGAAUGAUGUAAAACAUUUGUGUUUUAUUUGCACUGACCGCUAGAAAACCUUCCUUUCCCCCUGCCGCUACACUUCUGGUCAGGGAAGAGCCAAUGUAUUAAUUCUAUAUGUUGAACAACUUAGUUUGCAUGGACUCUUCCAUCCGCUGCUUUGGAAGUCUGUUUACUUUUUAGCUGGUUGUAUGGUGCUUGCCGCCAUUGUGUUCAGGAACUGUAAAGCACGGUGGUGAAGCCUGGCAGUAUUUACAUCAAUUUCCAUUUGUCUGUUUCCACUUUAUAAUGGGGCUAAGCCCCCAUUCAGUGGGGGUAGAGAAUUCACAUUUGCUUUAGAGGCCUGACUUUGGAGCUACAGUUGUCUCUGGUAUAGGUGCCUUGCUCUUUCCGUUGACUGUGCAGAGAACUUUGGCUCCUCUGAAUUUCAUGCCUAAUGGAGAUGAACAAUCUCCGGAGUCAGUUACCUCAGUCCAGAUGGUAAUUUCUGUGCCAUAGUUGGAGUUUGUUCCAGAUCUCUGUAAUCCUAAGAGAAGGAACUGCCUUUUGUAUAUGGCAUAGAAAACAGUACACUUUAAACUGAGGCAGCCUCUUCUUCUUUUUUUUUUUUUUAAUUGGAAAAAGGAAACCACACAAGAAGUUGUGUAAGCCAUAAAUUAGUGUUUGUUUUGUUGUUUGUUUUUUUUUUUUUUACUCCUAAUUCAGUCUCAGGGAGUCCUCAGGCUUUGUUUAAGGAAAAAAGUGGUUUGUGGUAUUUCAGUUGUGAUUCCUAGCAGGACCUUUAAGUUUGCUUUGUAUUUGUAGCAGCUACAUUUGCUUCACAAUGAUGUGCUGGAAGGAAGACUGUAGGAAUCCCAAUUGACUAACUCUGCAGCUGUGAUAGUAUGAUGGCAAAAGCCAUGUGUGUUACAUUCAUUAAACUUGAGAUAUUUCAAUAAAUGUGAGAGACCUGCUCAGA